GCACGCGGCCUAUAAGAGAGGCCAGCCCCCCCACCUCCAUGAAGCCCCCCCCAUCUCCAGCCCCCCCGGGUGGUGAGAGACCCCCACCCAGCACCCCCCGGAGCCUUCACCUGCACCGCCAGGAGCGAGAAGCCUUCUUCAAGCUGCUGGAAGACAACGUGGUGCAGGAAUUCCUGUCGAUGGAUGUCUGCUGCAGGAUUUCUGAUAAGUACCUGUUGGCAAUGGUGCUGAUGUACUUCAAGCGUGCCGGCCUGCCCACGAGCGAGUACAACCGCCUCAACCUCUUCACUGCCCUGUACCUGGCAAAUGACAUGGAGGAGGACGAGGAGGAGCACAAGUACCAGAUCUUCCCCUGGGCUCUGGGCCGCCGCUGGCGCUGUCUCUUCCCCCGCUUCCUUCGGCGCCGCGACCGUCUCUGGGCCCGCAUGAGCUACCGGGCGGCCGUCAGCCGGCACUGCUGUGAGGAGGUGAUGGCGGUGGAACCCUGGCACUGGGCCUGGCAGCGGGAGCGACCCCCCCACCACAGCGGGGCCACGCGCCCCCAGUGUCCCCCCUGGCCCUCCCCCUGCCUGCGCUGCUCCAGGCCCCUGGCCCCGCAGCAGGAGGAAGAUGAGGGUCCCUGGGCGCAGGACACCAUCAUCCUGCUGCCGCCACGCCGCCCCAGCGCCGCCCUGCUGCCCGACUCCGCCAAAACCCACUGAGGUCACACACCAUUUGGGCUGAAAUCGGCUGAAAUUGUGUCCGGGCCACG